CUUAAGCCGGAUUCGGAGACGUUCCCAGUCACCAUGCCCUGUUCACGUGUUCAUUCGAUUCCCAUUGGCUACGAGGAAAGGCGGGAAUAUGUUCUGAGCUAGACAGGUCAGUCAAAACACGCCGUUUACUGAGCGGCUGUGUUUGCAUUUCCCGUUGCAUUUUCCGUUCUGGCAUCCUUUGCGUUGGCAAUUUCUGCCCCCUCUGUAUUCUGCUUUGAGACUACACUCUUGACUGAUUAUUCCCGGUCGGAAUCUCUGGCAAAGACGUAAUGCCUCCAAGGAAGAAGGCACGCAAAGCAGCGAGGCCGGAAGCCGGGGAUGAUCCGUCCCCGACGGAGCGAGGAGAUCAGCCAUCUCCAGAGGAUGCACCCCCGCAACCUACUCGCAAGGCUCCGGAUAAACCCAAGCUGACAAUGAAGUUUCUACAAAAGCAACUAGAGGACUUGCAACAAGUUACUACGCAGAUAGCGAACAAACUGAACUCUACAAAUUCCAGUGACCCCCAGACUCCAGGUGCGUUACCAACAGACGGAGGGUCAGCAGGACUUGUAGGUCUUAACACCUCUCCUAGCUCAGUGACUGUAACCCAUGUAACCGAUACCCCUGGCGUGUUGCCAAUAGCUACCACAAGUGGGGCACUGGAUCCUCAGCCCCCAUCUCUUCCGUCCAUCAACCCAAACGCCCAGAUGCCAGGCCUAGGCUCGACCCUGGCUUCCAGCAUUCUAGGUAGAGCGGUUCCGCAGGAAAUACCCACACAUGGCAACUCAUCCGGUCAGGGUGCCUCCCCAUCUCCUGCCCAGCAGCUUAAUCGACUAGUCGACAACUUGCUUGUUCAAUCCUUAGCACCUUCUACAAUCUCAGCUUAUCGCCUGGCGUGGCAGCAUUUCCGUCAAUUCAGCCUUGAAAUCCACUGUACAGCCAAUAUCAAGCCCCCUAUUCCAGAGCCUAUAGUAUGCCAGUUUAUUUCCUACUUACAUAGUAAGGGAUUUGCCCCAGCGUCGAUAGCAUCUAAACUUUCAGCUAUAGGUUUCAUUCACAAAAUCCAAAAUCUACAAGACCCCACUUCUACUUUCGUCGUUCGCAAGUUGAUGCACUCAAUACAAAAGAACCACGUACCCGACGGAAGGUUGCCCAUAACGCCUCCUAUUCUUUCCCAAUUGAUUGAUGCCUUGAAGUUCAUAAAGACCACGUACUACAAUCAGUGCCUGUAUGAGGCAAUGUUCACGUUUAUGUUCUACUCUUUAGCUCGCAUAAGCGAAGUAACGGUAACUAAUUCUUCCCAACACACUCUGACCUUAGCGGACCUCAGGGGUAAUCUGGACUCUAAUAGUGGCCUAACUUCCUUCUUGGUACAGUUUAAGACGUACAAACACAGCAGUCCUUCAGCCCAAUCCACCAUCCAGAUCCAACCACACCCAGAAAGUCCGCACUGCCCGGUGGUAAGCCUUGCUAAGUACCUCCAACUACGGGGAAGGAACCCGGGGUACCUGUUCCAACGUAGGGAUGGUUGCCCUGUUACCAGCGAUAACUUUGCCAAGGCAUUAAGAGCCUGUGUCCUGCAAGUCAAACUCGAUCCACAAAAAUACACCUCGCAUUCCUUCCGAAUUGGAGCUGCUACGCAAGCAGCUUUGCAGGGGGUUUCGGAUUCGAACCUUCGGCUACUAGGGAGAUGGACCUCAGAUGCAUUUAAAAAAUAUAUUCGCACUUAACUCCAUAGAAGGCACCUGGUUCGUACUUGAACAGCUGAAAAAGAUCCCUAAUAGACCCUUAAACGGGUAUAAUCGGCUAACGGCACAAUAGGUUGAUACCUACUCAACCUCACCAAUAAGAAUUAUCAACUUUAGACUGAAACCCCUACAUAGGGUGAGUUACCCUACAGCCUUGAUACAUGGUGUGUUACCCAUAUGUCUGAUCAACUACAACAUUUGAACAGGGUGAGUUACCCAGAGUUCGAUAACAACAGUAAGUUCCCUGCUUGCAUCCUAAACCAAGCUACAUUGGAAUACAACGUUUAGGGUGCCCUGCUCAAGGUUAUGAUAGCAAUAGCUAGCUCCAUGCCUGUAUUGAACACCUGGCCAGUGCGGCUUUUAUGCCGGUAUACGGUGAGUUACCUUAGUUCUGAUAAUAACAGCUGACUAGUACAGGUUUGUUUGUUUUCUAAACCAAACUGGAUAGCAUAGCUAUACUCUUAUAAUAAGUAGAUUUGUUGAUUCUUAGUCCCUGAGUAGUCUCCCAGUUAUGAAUGUAUUACCUUGCGUAAUUCCAUACUACCCUACAGCACAUAAAUGUAUGCUAACUCAAUAGAAACUUUUCUUUCUGUCGUUGCUCCGUAGCGAAAUGUAUUACCAGGUGUCACUCCAUGUCACUUUACGGUAAACAAUUUUAUGCUAACGCUGUAUAGGGAAAAAACAGAUAGUUUACAAUACUCAAGGAUACGAAGUUAGAUUUAUAAAUAAAGCGAUCGACACUGUUAGUCUAAGUUACAGCCAUGCUGCUCAGGUUACUUUCAUAAUAUGCCAGUAUUUUUCUCUAAACGUACCCUACAAUACUCUACAGAUCCUAGGCAACAUUUGCAUUACGUCAAUAUUUCAGCAUCGCACCUAAAAAGUCGUUUCAGACUGUUGUAUAGAAACUAGCUCAGACGUUUUGUUUGUUCACCUUCGCCACAUUUCAGUUUAUUGAACAUUUCUUGUUUUUAACGUUUUUAACGUUUAAGUGGUGGUAAACCAGUACUCAAAUUAUGUUGGAAAUCUUAUAAUGUUCGUAAACUUGUAUGAUUGGCAUGUGACCUUUAUACGAAAAACCUUUUCACGAGAUAUAUGGAACCGUUGUCAUGGUAACCAUUUGGCG